GCGGGUGGUGCGCGGGCAAUGCAUGCAGGCGCUCGCCAUUGAGCAGACGCGUGCUGCUCGACACUGACAGCGAUUGACAUCAGUCGCCUGUCAUCGUGGGGUCCAGCUGUGGUCACAUGUAAAGGUGAUCUGUGGGGUGCCCGGACUCGAUCCUAGUCAAGUCACUGGCCCCAUCGCGAUAUCCACCCACGCCAAUUGUCUCGUGCGCUCAUACACGACGCUCGCUCUGCGGCAUUGCUAUUGCUACCGCUAUCCAUUGCUCGCGUGCACUGCUCCGGCUUGUCUCAGCGCUGUUGAGGCCAUUGCGGGGAGACUGAUCGACACACGUCGAGCGGAGACUUGGGCGACACCACAACCGACGGGCCCGGAAGGCCUCGCACGCCGCCAUGUCGUGGAGACGGUCAGAGAAGCUGAUGGAGACGAUCAAGCACUACAGCAACUUCCCGGCGACGGGUGUGUCGCUGCGGCAGAUGGUGCAGUUUGGCGAGAAGCCGUCGACCGGGACGCUGUUCCGCGCGUCGCAGUUCCUGUCCGAGGAGCUGCCCAUCCGCCUGGCCCACCGCGUGCAGGAGCUGAACGACCUGCCGGACGGGCUCAACGAGAUGCCGUCGAUAUGCCGCGUGCGCGACUGGUACGCGCAGUCGUUUGAGGAACUCGUGCAGCUCGCCCGCCCGAACCUGUCCGCAGACGUCAAGGACCGCCUGCUCAAGCCCGCCAAGCGCACGCCGCCGCUGCUCAAGGCCACGCAGAACCCCAGCGUGCAGAAGGGCCAGUACCGCUCGGCCCCGGACAACGGCAACGGCAGCGCAAAGGACCACAAGGGCGCCACCUCCAGCCGCCGCUACUUUGCCGCGGCAGAUGAUGGCCAGGAGUGGCCGCCCGAGCUGAGCGCGUACAACACCAAGUUCGCCGACACGCUGGAGAAGAUCAAGCGGCGGCACGACAGCGUCGUGACCACCGUCGCGCAGGGCAUCCUCGAGUGGAAGCGCAAGCGGCAGCGCAUGCAGAUCGACCACAACAUCCAGGCCUUCCUGGACCGCUUCUACAUGUCGCGCAUCGGCAUCCGCAUGCUGAUCGGCCAGCACAUCGCCCUGACCGACCAGCGCGCCCGCUCCGACCCCAGCUACGUCGGCAUCAUCUGCACCAAGACCAACGUGCGCGAGCUCGCCCAGGAAGCCAUCGAGAACGCCCGCUUCGUGUGCGAGGACCACUACGGCCUGUUCGACGCCCCCAAGGUCCAGCUCGUGUGCAACAACGACAUCAGCUUCAUGUACGUGCCAGGGCACCUGUCGCACAUGCUGUUCGAGACGCUGAAGAACUCGCUGCGCGCGGUUGUCGAGCGCCACGGCCAGGACAAGGACGACUUCCCCGUCACAAAGGUUAUUGUGGCUGAGGGCAAGGAGGACAUCACGAUCAAGAUCUCCGACGAGGGCGGCGGCAUCCCCCGCUCUGCGAUCCCCCUCGUCUGGACGUACAUGUACACCACCGUCGACCAGACGCCGAGCCUGGACCCGGACUUUAACAAAUCAGACUUCAAGGCCCCGAUGGCGGGUUUCGGCUACGGCCUCCCCAUUUCGCGCCUCUACGCGCGCUACUUUGGCGGCGACCUGAAGCUCAUCAGCAUGGAAGGCUACGGCACAGACGUCUACCUGCACCUCAACCGGCUCUCCUCGUCCUCGGAGCCGCUCCAAUAGCAACGACCCCCGCCCCGCGACCGCUGGACCACCAGCGAAAUGAUCCGCUCUGGUAACACCUCGGCUUCGGCGUCGCGGGGAAAAGCCGGCGCCAACAGCUUCCUCGCCCUCAAGGCCAUGCGGCUCAAGCUCAGCGGCGUCGUCAGCAGGGAGGUCUCGGAGCGGCGGCAGGUCGGCGACGCGGAGGAGAUGUUCGACGGCGCGGGCGGGCGCGGGCGGUGGUGGAGAGAUGUCGGCAUGGAGGAGGGCGUGUAGCGUGUACGAUUGGGCGCGGGGAUGGAGACUGUUGGAGCGCAGGCGGGGUGGUGUUGGA